GAUUAACCUCCUGCACCCUCGGCUUCGCCGUUUCGCCCUCAGUUGUGCAGCGUGCUGAUCCGCGCUACCAAAAUGACCACCCACCCUGACCCACCCGACCAAACCAACCCCCCACACAGCUCACACGACGACCACCGCCGCGGCGCGCCCACUGGCGCCAUGGGCCACCGCAUGCCGUACUACGGCGGCGGUGACGUACUGCCGCGGGACCAACUGCCGCCGUACGGCUACUUGGCGGGCAGCACCGACGUACCGCUGCCGUACAGCCGCCACCACGACAGCCGCCACCACGACAGCCGCCACCACGACAGCCACCGCCACGACAGCCACCGCCAUGACAGCCACCGCCACCCUGCGCCUCCGGAGGCAGCUACUGCCAGUGGCGCUGCUGCCGGCGGCGCCGACACGGGCGGCGCAGGUGGCGGCGCCGACACGGGCGGCGGCGGCAGUCACAGCAGCAGCGUGUUUGGAGUGGCGGCGGCGAGGGCGGCGCAGGCGGCGGCCGCAGGCCGUGGCGACAGGGGUCGCCACGGCGGCGGCGGCGGCGGCGGCGGCGGCGGCGGCGGCGGCGGCGGCGGCGGCGGCGGCGGCGGCGGCGGCGGCGGCGGCGGGGUGGACGUGCCGCUCACGCGGUCGUGGCCGCUGCACGGGGAGACGCCGGAGGCAGGGUUCGUGUCGGGCGGGCGACACGUGUUGUACUGCGGCGCCGAUAUCCCCAUGUCCGACCUGGCGGCCGGCCACUGGCACCACUCGCCCAGGCAGCCGGGAGUGAGUUCCCUGCAAGCCGCGGCCAUGGGCGGCGCUGGGGCGGUGGCGGCGGGCACUCGUGGCGGUGGUGGCGGCGGCGGCGGCGGCGGCAUGGGCACAGGCGUGCUGGAGGAUGAUGUGAUGGAGGUGGAGACUGACACGCCCGGUGGCUACCACGUGGCCGCACGUGUGCUGCACCCGGCCGACUCCCGAGACCCGCAGGAGUUUGUGGUGGCCGCAACACACGUGUCCGCGUCACCGCCCAAGUAGGCGGAGGCGCGCGCGGCAUGUACGAGGGGUCAGCAGCGGUCUGCAAUGGAUGCAGUGGCUCGGAACGGAAUGGAACUGGGGGAGCGGACGGGGGAUCAGGCCGCGCAAAUGGUGCUGUCACACCUGCCAUGCGUACGGUAGUUGUCCGAUUGAAAGCGCCCCGCGAGUGAGGGUGUGUGAGAGGUGCCGUACAGGUCACGUUGCCAAGAACAUGUAUGUACAUGCGUAGCUGAGCGCAUGCGGUGCGUGAGAAGAACUUCUUCAGGGGCGGUUGCGACACCUUACGAUCCAGGAGCUGCACGGGGAUUGGAAUCACACCGGUCCGUGACGUGAGGAGCUGUCAUCUCCCCGGCUGUCGGACCGGCGGUCUGUUUAGUGCUAGCCCUCUUGCGCCGUUCCGGUUGUCGCCUGUCCUAGGCGUGGACCAAGCGCAUUGUUGCUUCGUGCGGGAACGCAGCGAGUGCAAGAGAGCCUCGGAUGCCGCCCCUCGCCCGGGAUGCCCCCGGUCGGCUGGACACUUGGACAGAGACAGUCCACUG